AUCAGAAUCUUCAUUCUCUUUGGCUGGUCGGAGGGGAAUCCUUGGAAUGGUGGCAGACGUUCUCUCUGUAGUUUAAGGAUUGUGAGCGCUUUCCGAAUAUGGCAGCGUGAUCAUCGUGGCCCGAACCAUCAUGAUACCAGUCAUUCAAACUCAAAGAUCUUUUAUAGAGAGGGGAAUUACAGAGACUGGUGUGAGGACAUGGAGGAGGAUCCUAUGCCUCUGUGGCGGAAAUGGGAGACACGAGAGCAGAACCGGGCUAUUUGCCGAGAGCAUGAUUGUGAUGGAUUUGAAGGCUACUGUGACGCCGUGCGAAAUCCUUUGGAGAGCCACGGCUUCACCCAAUCGUUUCAACUACAUCAAGACCUCUUGAAGCAAGACCCCUUGAGCAUAUGGAUCGAAUACAUAUACUACCAAUGUUGGUGGCUAGACUAUUAUAUCAUGGCGCUUGACAGAAAGCAGCAACAUAUGAAGGAAGAAUGGUCGAAAGCGCAAUUCGGAAACUUGUUCGGAGUUGGUGAGGGAUCCAUGGGUGCAAACUGUGAAGAUGAGAAAAUAUCAUUGCCCUUCGACUUUUUCGCCCAAUCCCUUACAAUAGCAGCACUCAAGGACCAAUUGAAAAGGGCAACAGGAGCCUUUCAAAACACUAACCCGGCCGUCAGGGACGCUGAGGCCUUAUUAAGCAGGCCGAGGGACGACAGACAAGAAAGGAGGCGAGAAGAGUUG